AUAUUCUUAAUAUUAGAAAGAGUGUAAAAAAUAUAAAUUUAUUAAAUUAUAAAUUCAAUGAAUUCUAUUUAUGCCUGAGAUAAUCUACACAAAUUAUAAAGUAUUAAAUAUUAAUUGAUAAAACUGUUUUAUCAUUUCUUAUAUUAGAUUUUGAAAUAUGCGAAAAUAUUAUCAAGCUGCACUUGUAAUAAUUGCUAUAAUGAGUCUUGUGUCUUUAUUAUUUUAUAGACAUGAAUAUAACAAGUUAAGAUAUGUUUUAGAAGUUUUUAAUUACUUUGGUAAGCCAAAUCAAAAAAAUGAAAUAAAUUGUACAAAUAAUAUACCAAUAUUUACAAAAUUUGACAUGAAAUUUGAAGAACCACUUUCUUCUUGGCAAAGAUUAGAUAAUGAUUUAUAUGUUUAUUCUGCAUAUAAUAUACAUGAUAAUGAAAUUCAAGUAAUAGGUUUUGGUUCAUCAAAUAAUAUUAAGAAUAUGCAAUGUGCAAUAUUAUUUGAAAAUGAAACUAAUUCAAUUUUAGGAGAUUUUAGUUAUCUCUUAAUUGAUGAUAAUUUAAAUAUUGCAAGUAUUGAUAAAAAUUUUAAUUAUAAAGGAUAUCAUUUUUAUUGUGCUUACACCAAAAAUAAAAUACCAAUAGGAAUAAUGUUUUUUAUAAAAUCUAAUUCAGAUCUUAAUAAUGUGCCUAUAUUACCAAUCAAAAGUCAAUCACAUAAUUUAAAUUAUGCCAAUACUGCAAUAUGCAUUACACCAUCAUUGACAAAACCAUUACAACCAUUACAAAUGAUUGGUUUUAUAAAUUUUCAUGAUAUAAUUGGUGUGGAUAAUUUUAUAGUAUAUGAUUUUGGUAUUCCAAAUGAAUAUAAUAGUAAUCUUAAAGAAUUAUCUAAAUCUCAAAAUCCAUAUUGGAAAUUUACAUAUACAGUAGUGCCAUGGAAUUUUCCUUUUCCCAGUACUCAUCCUACUAUAAUAAAAAACUUGAUACAAGCAGAUUGUUUGUAUCGUACAUAUAAUAAAGUUAUGUAUAUUAUUACAUUAUCUUGGGAUGAAUAUAUAGUUUUAAGAUAUCAUCAUUCCCUUACAGACUUAAUGAGAGAUUUUAAAAGAUCUAGAUUAAAAGCUGACCGCUACAAAUUAAAAACAUUAACUUUUUGUACAGAACAAACAGAUAAUCCAAUCAAUGGAAAUGUGACAUUUAUGAUAUUUAAAAAACUACAUUAUGAUUCAAGUAUUCCUGAUAGUCAACCAAUUUAUAUCUAUAAUAUGCAUGAAGUUAAGAAAAAAAAUAUAUAUACACGAGCGAUUGGAAAAGAUUUAAUUACGUUAAAUCGUUAUCAAUAUUGUUUUGAAAAAUCAAAUUCAGAAACGAAUGUUGAAGAUACUUCAAUUUUAAGAUUCAUUGAAGAUAUACAAAAUUCACAAUUUAGAAAAUUUAUAUUAGAAAAUAAAUUAUUUUAGAAAGUAGCAAAUGAUUUAAUAUAUU